AUGACCAUCACCAUCCAAGGUUGCGUGCGCACUGCUCGCAGCAACGAACGUCGCGAUGAUGACCUAGUACACGGGCUCCUCACGAUCUCGGGUGGGACCUGGUAUUUUGGCUACGACGCAGCGAGUGAGGAAAUCCUGAUUACAUGGGUCCCAUCCGAAGCAACUUCACUCCCGCUCGACUCUGCGGCAGCCAGAGUCCUCGUUCGAGUGUGGAACAUCGACAUAGCAAAACUACGCAGUGAUAUGGACGCGGGCGGAUCGCAGCCCGUCCUCGAGAAGGAGAUCGAUCUCUCCAAACUGUCGGAUAUGGGUAUUUUUAGGGAGAAGAUGAGCCUGAAACUAGAUCAAUAUCUAGUAUUUCGCUUUGAGGGGACGGGACCAGCUCUCGGCGAGCAGGAGAGGGAGAGUGAAGAUGGUCUCUCUGAAAGGCUUCAAGCCAUGGAAGCCGAGCUCGAGGAAGUCAGGGCAAAGUCGGCUGCAGACAUUUCAUCCCUCCGGGCAACUUUUGACGCCGAAAAGGCCGCUUUACGAACCGAGCUCCAGUCGGCAUUCGACAACGACAAAGAGACGUUACAAAACGCCUUUGGCGAGGAGAAAGGGAAACUCCGAGAUGACUCAGCGACGCCACAAGAGAUUUUGACGCAAGUCAAGAAAGCCAAAGAGCGUGUCGAUAAGCUCUGCGCCUAUAUGAAGAGUGUCGAGGAUUCCCUCAAAGAGGAGAUCCGCGACAUUGGUCAGGAGAGAGACGAGAUCGAAACGAAAUUCCACGAGCUUAAGGACGAGGCCAGCACUUUGCGUCGAGAUUUACAAAACGCCAAGACAGACAAUGAGAAUCAAGCAGGCAUGAUUGCUACGCUCAGGGCCGAAAAUACCCGUGUCGCCAUAGAGUUGGCGGACGUGCGGCGGAUGGUGGUUCCUGAGAAUAGGCGGCUUAAGGAUGAGGUAUCUUUCCUCCAGGACAGGACAAAGGCCCUUGAAACGGAGCUGGAAGACAAAGAGACAGAGGCGGUAGAGGCAAAAGCUAAGUUGGCUCGUCUCGAAGGUGAUAACCGGAGACUGGCCCAAGAGGUGCAGAAAGCCAAGAACGAUCUGGCACGCUCGGAAAGCACGCGAUCUCGGGCAGAAGAAGAACUUGAUCGAGCCACGGUAGCCCUCAGGGGGCUUGAGGCCGACGCUCGUCAACAAAGAGAUCAAAUCCAAGAGUUAACCCAGAAUCUGCGAGCGGAAAAGACCGGCCACGAGGUAACCGCAAGCGAGCUAGCUCAGGUUAGGGAGCUCAUGACCAAGGAGCUAUCUGAAGCCGAGAAAAACGUCGAAAAUCUCCACAUCAAAAUCGCAGAACUGAAGACGCGAGUCGAGUCAAUAACAGCCGAGAACAAGGAUCUUGAUGCCGCAAACGCCGAAUUGAAGCAACUCCUUUCCCGCGAGAUCAGAGAGCGGCAGGGAGCCGAGCGAUAUAACGAACGUCAGCGAACGGAGAUUGAUAAUCUCAAGAGCCGUGUCGACAUUGCCGAGGACCAAGUUUCGACUCUUAAAUCAGAUCUUUCCGCGGCCGAAAGCCGGCUCACGAGCUAUCAGACGGCUCUCAAGGAUGAGAAAAUACGCUGUGGGAGCCUUCUUGAGAGCUUAAGGCGCGAGAAAACGAACUCGGCCGAAGUUGAGGGAAGGCUCGGGGCCCUUGAAGAGACGGCAAACACCAAUAUCUCCAAGUUGAAAGAAGAACUCGAAGCUGCCCACGGAGAAGUUAAGCGGCUUUCGGACUUACACGGUGACACCAAGACGGAGCUUGAGAAGACCAAGCGCGAUCUGGCAACGGCAAACCUCCAGUCCGAAAGAUUAGAACGGCGUCUCUCGACCGAGACGAAACGGAGGGAGAAGCUAGAGGCGGACUUGGACAAGGCCGUGCAACGCGAGCGGGAGUACGACCCAGACCGCUUGUACAAACAGCUAGACGAUGAGCGCGAGGCUCAUGGGCGGUGCAGAGAGACUCUAGAGACCGAAAAGACCGAACAUGCGGCGAGUGUUAGUCGUCUAGAGAUCGAGGUCCAAAGAUGCAAGAAUGAGAUACAGAGACUGGAGGGUGAAGUCAAGAACAGAGACGAUAGGAUUCAGCAACAUAUCGAUACGAUUGGCAGGCUCGAGAGUAAAAUCCAGGAAGAGCUGAGCGCAAAGGCGGCCCUCGAACUAAGAGCUCAGGGCCUGGAGGCACAAGUGGCACAACUCGGCGCUUCUCUUACCAACGAACGCAACUGCAGAGUGCAAGUUGAGAGUCGCCUCAGCGUAGAGGUCUCUAACCACGUCUCCACGCAACAGGCAUUAGCCAACGAGAGGUCGCGUGCCAACAGCUAUGGACAGAAAUUGGACUACGCCAACAGCCAGCUCUCACAACAACGAAGCAAAUUGAGCCAGGCCAACAACGACCUCGCGUAUGAGCGGGACAGGAGUUUCCGCGCGAACUCGGAGCUCAUGGACAAGAAGAACCAGCUGCAGCGCGCCAACUAUACCGUCUCCAACCAGGCGGCAAGGAUCCGUACACUCGAGAGCGCUGCUAAACAUAACGUAUGCGUCACGAGGCAGAGCGUCGAGGAUCUGAUCGGGAGCUAUGAGCGGCUGCAUGACUUUGCUAGAAGGUAUGGUGGUAGGAAGAGGACAUGGACAUUGCGCAAGGUGCAUUAUCCAAAUGGGUUUCAAUCGUCUAACGGGAAAUGGGCCAUCCGGUUUAGGACUGUGUGUUUCUGA